AUGUCUUUCUUCUUCUCCCGGCUCAUCCGCCCCUUGACCCAAUCCGCGCGGCUGUCCGCCGCGCCCGAAUCGUCGUCGUCGUCGUCGUCCGCGUCCGCGCCGGGUCUCAUCCCCGAGGGCGCGCAGCGCUGCACCGUCGCGGCCGGCUGCUUCUGGGGCACCGAGCACCUCUACCGCCGCCACUUUGCCGGCAAGGGCCUCGUCGACGCCAAAGUCGGCUACAUCGGCGGCGACCUGAACGACCCGACGUACCGUGCCGUGUGCGGCGGCAAGACUGGGCACGCCGAGGCCGCCCAAAUCAUCUUCGACCCAGACAAGGUGACGUACCGCCAGCUCGUCGAGUUCUUCUACCGGAUGCACGACCCCACGACGCCCGACGCGCAGGGCCCCGACGCGGGCCCGCAGUACCGGUCGGCCAUCUACUUCCACGACGCGGAGCAGGAGAGGGUGGCGAGGGAGGUGACGAGGCAGGCGGACGAGCAGUGGUGGGGGGGGCGCAUCGUCACGGAGCUCGCGCCGGCGGGCAGGUGGUGGACCGCCGAGGAGUACCACCAGGCGUAUCUGGACCGGAACCCUUCCGGGUACGAGUGUCCCAGCCACUUCCUGAGGCCGUUCCCGCCGCUGCGGUCGUGA